GCUCCCUAGGCAAUCCUUGACGACGGAGCCCGGCGUCCCCGCGGCGGGCGGAUGGGGCCCCCGAUGAUUUUCGCUUCCCUCCGCCGGGACCGAGCCCAGCCAUGAGCGGCAGCGAGGCAGCGCGGCUGCUGGACGCCGUCGACUUCGCGGCCCGCAAGCACUCGGCGCAGCGGCGCAAGGAUCCGGAGGGGACGCCCUACAUCAACCACCCCAUCGGCGUAGCGCAGAUCCUGGCGCAGGAGGCCGGCGUGGCUGACGUAGCGGUACUGCAGGCCGCGUUGCUGCACGACACGGUGGAGGACACGGACGCCACCUUCGCGGAGAUAGAGCAGCGCUUCGGGCUGGAGGUGCGGCGCCUGGUGGAGGAACUGACCGACGACAAGGCGCUGCCCCGGGCCGAGCGGAAGCGCCUGCAGGUGGAGCGCGCGGCGGGGCUGAGCGCGGGUGCGCGGCUGGUGGCGCUAGCCGACAAGCUGCACAACCUGCGCGAUCUGGACCGGCGCGCGCCCGAGGGCUGGUCCGAGCAGCGCGUGCGCGAGUACUUCGCCUGGGCCGCGCGCGUGGCCGACGCCCUCCGUGGGAGCUGCCCAGAGCUGGAGGAGCCCCUGUGGCGCUUGCUGGCAGGCAGGGGCGUCUCGCGCUAACCCGGAAGCGUCGC